AUGUCAAAUAAAGUUCCACCAUUAAUAACUCUAGGAGUAGAUAGAUAGGGUCUCUAAAAAUUUGAUGAUAAAAUCUAAUUAGGAAAUGAGGAAUUCAAAAUUUCAGGUGUCAAAAUUAGUUUAGAUGAUAAUCAAAUUUGUGGAAUCUCUUUUACUUACUAAAAUAUAUAAAAUGGAAGAAAAAUAAUAUGCAAUGAUACUUGCAUAACUGGGAAAAACAUUUCCCAAUAUGAAUUUGAAAUAGGUUAAAGUAAUAAUAAAAUUUAAAUUAAGAUGAUUUCAUUUAGGUUCUUUUUGGAUAUUAUGAAUCUGGGAUUACUUAAUUAGGAAUUAUAACUUAUAAAGGAUAACAAGUUAUCUUUGGAAAAGAUUAAGGUUACAAGUUUAAUUAUAUGUUUAUGGGAUAUACAUUUACAGGAUGUUCUGGUUCAUAUAAAAAAGGAAGUAUAGAAUCUCUAACUUUUAAAGUAGCCAAGUUGCCAAAAUAAUUUAUUAUUCAGCAAGUAUUUAUUUUUGAUAAUAUUCAUUAUAGUUCAAUCCUUUACUUGGAAUCCUUUAUCCAGAGAAUCCAUAUGAAAGCAUAAUUCUUACUAAUUUUGAUCAGGAAUAAAAAUAACAAUAUGAAUAACAACCUUAACCUGUAAUGUAACCUGUUGUUACAUCUGAAAUUAUUUAUUCAAUGAUACCAAAUUAGUCACCAUAAACAUAAUAAGGUUAUCCUAUAUAGAAUCAAUAAGUACCUCCAAAUUAGAUACCUCCUUAUGGAAAUCCUUAUUAACAACCAAAUUAAUAUCAGACAUACUAAUAAUAUCCAAAUAAUUAAUAAUACUAUUCAACACCUUAAUAAGGAACUAAUCAAGUUAUCAUAGUAAAUGAUUAAUAAUAACCAUAAUAAUAAUAAUAUUAAAAAUAAGGACCUGGAUUUGCUGGUACUAUGGCUAGAACUGCUAUAGGAACUUUUGCAGCUAUAGAAACUGUUAGAAUGAUUGAAAAUAUAGGUCAUCAUCAUCAUCAUUAAGCAAAUGUAGUUGUUGUUGGUAUAAUUUUAAUUUAUAUUAUAAUUAGGUAAUAAACAUCAUGGACAUCAUCAUAGAAGAUGA